CCGGCGCUCAAGGCCUGCGUGGACACGGCGCUGGAGAACAUGGCCGGCCCCAGGAUGAAGGUGGUGGAGGUGCUGGCCGGCCAUGGACACCUGUACUCCCGCAUCCCGGGCCUGCUCAACACCCAGCCGAUGCUGCAGCUGAGCUACACGGCCACUGACCGCCACCCCCAGGCCCUGGAGGCUGCGCAGGCCAAGCUGCAGCAAUUUGACGCAGCCCAGGCCCAGUGGGACCCCGCGGAGCCCGCGCCCAGCAGCCUGGGCAGCGCCGACCUCCUGGUGUGCAACUGUGCCGUGGCCGGCCUCGGGGACCCCGCCUUGGCCCUCGGCCACAUGGCGGCCGCCCUGCGAGAGGGCGGCUUCCUGCUGCUGCACACCCUGCUGCGCGGGCACCCCCUCGGGGACACCAUGGCCUUCCUCUCCUCCUCUGAGCCGCAGCUCGCGCAGGGCCUCCUGAGCCAGGAUGAGUGGGAGAGCCUGUUUGCGAGGACGCCGCUGCACCUGGUGGGCCUGAAGAAGUCCUUCUACGGCUCCGCGCUCUUCCUGUGCCGCCAGCCAGCCACACAGGACAGCCCCAUCUUCCUGCCCGUGGAGGACACCAGCUUCCGCUGGGUGGACUCUCUGAAGAACAUCCUGGCCGACGACUCCCCGCGGCCCGUGUGGCUGAAGGCCGUCAACUGCUCCACCUCAGGCGUGGUGGGCCUGGUGAACUGUCUCCGCAAGGAGCCCGGCGGGCACCGGAUCCGGUGCGUCUUGCUGUCCAACCUGAGCAGCGCAUCCCGCGUGCCCGCGGUGGACCCCGGCUCCGCAGAGCUGCGGGCGCUGCUGCAGGGGGACCUGGUGAUGAACGUGUACCGCGACGGGGCCUGGGGGGCCUUCCGCCACUUCCCGCUGGAGCAGGACAAGCCGGAGGAGCAGACGGCGCACGCGUUCGUGAACGUGCUCACGCGAGGGGACCUGUCCUCCAUCCGCUGGGUCUGCUCCCCGCUGCGCCACGCCUCGCCCACCGGCCCCGGCGCCCAGCUCUGCACGGUCUACUACGCCUCGCUGAACUUCCGUGACAUCAUGCUGGCCACGGGCAAGCUGUCCCCUGACGCCAUCCCAGGGAAGUGGGCCUCACGGGACUGCAUGCUGGGCAUGGAGUUCUCGGGCCGAGACGCCAGCGGCAAGCGCGUGAUGGGGCUGGUGCCCGCCGAAGGCCUGGCCACGUCCGUCCAGCUGUCCUCGGACUUCCUCUGGGACGUGCCCUCCGGCUGGACCCUGGAGGAGGCAGCUUCCGUGCCCGUCGUCUACACCACGGCCUACUACUCGCUGGUGGUGCGCGGGCGCAUGCGGCGCGGCGAGACCGUGCUCAUCCACUCGGGCUCGGGCGGCGUGGGCCAAGCCGCCAUCACCAUCGCCCUCAGCCUGGGCUGCCGCGUCUUCACCACCGUGGGCUCUGCGGAGAAGCGGGCGUACCUCCAGGCCAGGUUCCCGCAGCUGGACAGCACCAGCUUCGCCAACUCUCGGGACACGUCGUUCGAGCAGCACGUGCUGCGGCACACAGGCGGGAGGGGGGUGGACCUGGUGCUGAACUCCCUGGCGGAGGAGAAGCUGCAGGCCAGCGUGCGGUGCCUGGCCCAGCACGGCCGCUUCCUGGAGAUCGGCAAGUUCGACCUGUCCAACAACCACCCGCUGGGCAUGGCCAUCUUCCUGAAGAACGUGACCUUCCACGGCAUCCUGCUGGACGCGCUCUUCGAGGAGGCCAGCGACGACUGGCGGGAGGUGGCGGCGCUCCUGCGGGCCGGCAUCCGCGACGGCGUGGUGCAGCCCCUCAAGUGCACCGUGUUCCCCAAGGCCGGCGUGGAGGACGCCUUCCGCCACAUGGCCCAGGGCAAGCACAUCGGCAAGGUCGUCAUCCAGGUGCGACCAGAGGAGCCGGAGGCAGCGCCAAAGCGGGUGGAGCCCACGGUGAUGGCGGCCAUCGCCAAGACCUUCUGUCCCGCCCAUAAGAGCUACGUCAUCGCCGGCGGCCUGGGGGGCUUCGGCCUGGAGCUGGCCCAGUGGCUGGUUCUGGCGGGGGCCCAGAGGCGCCUGGUGCUGACCUCCCGCUCUGGAUAUCCGCCACGGAGCAGCUUCGGGGGCCCGGCCAGCCAGGGAGGGGACUCGCGUCCUGCCACCUGGGCAGUUCCCGUCCCCCGUCUUGGCCAGAGCUGGGGCGGUGCCCAGGCCCGCCUGGGUCCGGGGAGGGCGUGCCGUGUGUCCGUGCCUGGCACACCGCCCUCGCCCCACCAGGCUACCAGGCCAACAGGGUGCCGGGAGGGCUGGCGCCAGGGCCGUAGGCAGUCGUGGCUCGUGUCCGCCAGCAACCGCGCAGCUCCGCCGGAUGGGCGCCCCGUCGCCUCAUCGGUCGGAGGCCACGCAGCUUGGGCCCGUGGGACGCGUCUUCACCUGGCAUGGCCUGGCCGUGCAGUGGAGGCGGGGCGCAUCGGCGACGUGGGCAUCGUGCUGGAGGCCCAUGGACCAACGACACG